AGUUAUCACGUGCAAUUUCCCGUCUUUUUCCAAAAAGACAAAUGUUUUGAUUCUAAAAUUUUAAACACCGAUUUUGUUGUUGUGACUUGUGAGCAGUGAGCCUUAAGCUUUUAUAGUUUUUACGUUAAAUAUAAAUACCUAAUCAUGAAAUUAGUCAAAUUUUUGAUGAAACUCAGUCAUGAAACUGUGACAUUAGAACUUAAAAAUGGCACCAGCGUUCAUGGAACUAUUACAGGUGUUGAUGUAGCAAUGAACACUCACCUUAAAGCUGUUAAAAUGACUGUAAGAAAUCAACAACCUAUACAUUAUGAAACCCUCAGUAUUCGAGGUAACAACAUUCGGUACUAUAUUUUACCUGACUCUCUUACACUUGAAACCCUGUUAGUUGACGAUGCACCUAAAUCACGAAUGAACCGUGGUGGACGAGGAGGUCGUGGAGGGCCAGGAAGAGGUGGUCGUGGGCGUGGAGGUCCUAGAGGGCGAGGAGGUCGUGGAGGACCACGUGGAAGUGGUGGUGGACGUGGGCGAGGUGGUGGACCACCCCGACGUUAAUACUUUUAUAAUUUUUUCAAAUUCAAUUCAAACUUCUAUGUGUUUUCAAGUUUUUAUUUGCUCUGCAUUUAUUUUAAAAAUAUUUAAACUUUAUUUAUCAAGUCUUAUAAUAAAUUGUCUCAUAUGUAUAAGAUUAUUGUCUAAUACUUAUAAAUAAAUUUAAUAAAUAGUACCAUUUACGAUGUAAUUUAAAUGUAUUUAAUAUUAGUACUGAUUAUAUGACAAUAAUGAUUAUAACUAUGUUAUAAUUUGGUAGGUAUAUUAAAAACAUUUAAUUAAGUUGCCUAUUAUAAAAAAAUUCUUUUUAGUUGUCUUGGUUUUCUUUAUAUUUUUAAAUUUUCAAUAGUCAUGCUCAUGAUCAUCUGAAUAUAUUUUUUUUUCAAAAAACAUAAAUUGUAAUAAGCUCAUGAAAAUUGUUGAUAACCAAAUAUAGUAUAAAAUACAGAAAGAUGUAUAUUAUUUUUGUAUUUGUCAAUGGAGAAGUGUAUGGACUAUAAAUUAUUUUACAUCUUUAAUUAAUUAUAUACAAUACAAGUGCAUCAUACUUUAUAAAAAGUAUUUUUUUUUUUUUUUUACCGUAUAACGUAUAUUAAAUAUUAAUUGGUAUAAUGUUCAUUAUGAUGUUAAAUAAUAAUAGUAAGCCUUAACUUUUCCUGUUCCCUUCAUUAUAAAUGUAUAAUUAUUGAAAUAAAUAUGAUACUUUA